AUGAAUGCGAGAGUUAUCGCCUUACUAAACUUGUUCCAAUCGCAUCGCCGCUCGGUCAAGCUUAGAUCGUUAUCUAAUGAGAAUGAGAUGGCGAUGAUCAUACAUACGUGGACACGGUGCCAUAAAGGCGGCGGCGGUGGUGGCGGUGGCGGCGGUGGUGGCGGUGGCGGUGGCGGCGGUGGUGGCAACGGUAGCAGCAGCGUCGCGUCACAACAAGCGUGGAUAUCGUAUCGCCCGUCCGCCUACGUAAGCUACAUUCCAACGAAUGCUAUAAGCGCCACUUUUAAGCGGUGA